ACACUUAAACUUGGUUUCGUGCGUGCAGGUGAUGGCGGACGUUGUUCUGGUUUUAGCAGGGGACUGGGAGUGUUCAGAUGAGGGGAGUUGGGAUUUCGUAAUUGCCAAGAAUUGUAUGUGCAAGUGCAUUCUGAUUGGACAGGAUAUGACGUACAACAACUUGAAAGCUCAAAUUGUGCAAGAAUUUGAGGCAAUGGGCAGAAGUGUUGUAGGCCGCAUGUCAUACUGGGUCCCUGGAGAGAUGUCUAUAUUUACUUCUGCCAGAACUCCUCCCGUGUCCAUUCAUAACGACGCAGGACUGCAGACUUUCUUAAUGGUGCGUGCAGCAAAUCCAGGACUAAAUUUGUUGGUGACACUUGAGCCGGUGUGGGAAACAGAUACUGUGUCGGAGGGAGAGAGGGUGUCAAGGCCAGAGGAAGGAAUGAUUCGGCUUGCAGAUGCUACACCUUCUCUCAACAGCGAGGCAAAUGAGGAAGAUGUAACUGAGGAAGCAGGAAAUCAUAAGGGCAAAGAAGGUGAAGAAGAAAUGGGAAGAGGAAAUGAUGAAAUGCAGAUACUCUCAGAACCGCCAAUGAGCUUUGUAGAUAUUGGUAGUGUUACUACAAAAGCUCCGUCAACUGCAAUGGAGCCUGUUGUGUCUGAAAGAAGAACCGAGAUUGACCUCAAUGCGCUAUACGAUGCAGAGUUGAUUGCACAUAUUGAAAUGGUGGAAGAACAAGCUAGAGAGGUUCAGGCAAGGCGAAUGAGCAAAGGCAAAGAUAAAAUUGUAUAUGCUCUAAAUGAAGAUGAGGAUUCUAUGGAUACUGAAGAGUGUGAGGCAUAUGUUACCGAUGAGGAAGAAGAGUAUGACUACAAUUUUUGGGAUAAUGUGAUCCGUAAAGAGCAAGCAGCGGAGACAGGAGCAGAAGAGUUUGAGAGGGGGGAAACUUCAAAUCCAGUAAGGUUAUUCCCUGAUCCAUGCAGUGGUUAUGAUAGAGUUGCAGCUGCAGUCGUUGGUUUGGCAGGGUUAGCAACUGGAGGAGCGGAGGAUGAUACAGUUGCAGCUGCAGUAGUUGGUUUUGCAGGGUUAGCAACUGGUGGAGCACAGGAUAAUACAGUUGCAGCUGCAGUGGUUGGUAUGGCUGGGUUAGCAACUGGUGGAGCGGAGGUGCAUGAUGUUGGAGACUCUGGUGAAAGGGGUACAGAAGAAAUUGUUAAAGCAAGCGGUGGUGUUACUGAAGGGCCACACAUAAGGACUGAUGGGGUAGAGAACGGGAUCGUCACUGGUGAUCAGGGUGCCGCUAGAGGGCCAGAAGAGGAAGAAGCUUUACAAGCGACACUUGCAAAUAUGUAUGCGGAAAUUAUUCAAGCAGAGAUUGUCCCAACACAUGAUUGUGCACCGUGUUUUGGCGAUGAGUUCCUACAGGCGCAUGAUGUCCCUGAUGGAGUGUUUGACCCAGCUAAUGAUGCCAUUUUCAUUGGCAGGAUAUUCAGAAACAAGGCAGAGAUGCAAACUGCCCUUGCAAUCUAUGCAAUUAAGAGGUUCUUUAACUUCAAGCAAACAAGGUCUGAUAAAGAACGCUUAAUUGUUAGAUGCGUGGAUCCUGCAUGUGCGUGGCGUGUCUACGGUCACACAGUUGGUGGGACAUCAGAGACAAUGCAAGUGAAGACAGCAAAAUUGACGCACACUUGUGAUGUGUCAACGAGGGCAGAGUAUGGGAAAAAAGCUUCAUGCAAGGUAAUUGCUUCAGUUCUGCAAUCAAAGUUUAGUAAUGGGAAGCUCGGGCCAAGGGCUGUUGACAUACCAGAUAUCGUGUUGGAGGACCUGCGUGUGUCUAUAACAUAUAUGAAAGCUUGGCAUGCGAAGGAGAAGGCUGUUGCGGCAGCAAGAGGAAGCGCUGAAGGAAGCUACAAGCUGUUGAUGGCAUACAUACAGAAGCUGAAGGAAACAAAUGUGGGAACCGUCUGUAAUGUUCUUACAACAAAAGCAGGGACAGAGAAAUAUUCUGCUGACUUGGUAUUUGUUUCUGACAGACACAAUUCCAUCUACUCUGCAUUGCGAACAGUCUACCCUCUUGCUAAACACGGUGCAUGUGCAGUGCAUCUCUACAGAAAUGUUAAGAGCAGAUUCAAGAGACAGAAAGGGCUCCCAUAUCUAGUGUCUAAGGCAGCCUAUGCAUACACUGUUGCGGAGUUCAGACACCGGUUUCAAGAAAUCGAAAGGAGGAGUCCUUUGUGCGCAAACUAUCUCAGAGGGAUAGGAAUAUCACAUUGGACUCGAGUUUAUUUUCAAGGGAAGAGAUACAAUAUCAUGAGCAGCAAUGUUGCUGAGUGUCUAAACGCUGCACUAGCAAAAGCUCUGGAGUUCCCAAUUGUUUCGAUGCUUGAGAGUAUCCGCAUGAUGCUAAUGAGAUGGUUCUACUGUCGUCGCCAGAAGGCAAACAACAAUGCCAGUCCUGUCACACCUGAGGUUGAGAAAAAGCUGAUGGAACAACUCUCUGAUUCUGCCGGGUUACGCGUCUCACCAGCAAGCACAACAAUUUACCAAGUUAAUAACAGCAAUGGCUUGUCAUUCACUGUUGAUCUGGAAAGGAAGACUUGCAGCUGCAAAGUGUUUGACACACUUGGAAUCCCCUGUUCCCACGCUUUAGCGGCUGCUAGAGUUGGAGGUGUACCAAUUAUACGGUUGGUAGAAGAGGAAUACAAGAGUGGUGGUUGGAUCAACGCUUACAGCUUAAAUGUGAUGCCAGUUCCUAAUGUUACAGAAGUGGAUAGCGGAGUAGCAAGUCUUAACAUGGGAAUGCUGCCACCGCAGUCCAACAAUGGACCGGGACGACGCAGGAAGAGAAGGAUUCCUUCUGCUGGAGAGAACCAGGAACCAAAGAGGGGAAGAUUUGCACCAAAAAGAUGUUCAAGGUGCUUGGGAACAGGGCAUAACAGGGUUACCUGCAAAAACCCAUUGCCUUGAAGGUUAGUGGACUCUAUAUCGGAAUUGUUUAUGGUGGAUAUGAAGCAGAAUGACUCCAACUAACGAGAGUGUUGUUUUUGCAGCGUUAUGGAAGGAGGGUGAUGUUAAAUAAGAAGGUUUUUGGUGU